AGGGGGCGUGUGGAAUCUAAGUAGGGAGGAGUGGUCGAGAAUGGGUGUGGGGCGAGCGCAGACUGUGAAAAUGGAGAGGAAGGCUACUGAGAGACAGGAAAUAAGGGAUCCUGAAGGGUUUGGUAAUGUGAGUAAGACAGGAACUCUGGGUGAGGAACGAGGUAACCGUACGCGAAAAGAGAAAUGGGGAGGGAGGACCUGUAGGGAACAGGUAAUUAGCAGGAUGCUGUGGGUAUAUGAGUGACCUAAAGCUGCAAAUUAAAACGGAGAGAGAACAGUGCCAACUGGGUACAGGGCAAGGAUGCCAAUUCCUCCUCCCCCUCCACCCCCACCUGGUCCUCCUCCACCUCCCACUUUUAGUCAGGCAAACACAGUGCAGCCCAAGCUGAGUAGAGAUGAGCAGCGGGGUCGAGGCGCCCUCUUACAGGACAUCUGCAAAGGGACUAAGCUGAAGAAGGUGACCAACAUUAAUGAUAGGAGUGCUCCCAUCCUCGAGAAGCCUAAAGGAAGCAGUGGUGGUUAUGGCUCUGGAGCAGCUGCCCUGCAGCCCAAGGGAGGUCUCUUCCAAGGAGGUGUGCCGAAGCUCAGACCUGUGGGAGCCAAGGACGUUUCAGAGAACCUAGCUGGAAAACCAGCCCUGCAAGCCUCCAGUUCUCGAGCUGCUGCCCCAAGGCCUCCGGUGUCUUCAGCCAGCGGCCGCCCUCAAGAUGAUACAGACAGCAGUCGAGCCUCACUCCCAGAACUGCCCAGGAUGCAGAGACCCUCUUUACCAGACCUCUCCCGGCCUAAUACCACCAGCAGUACCGGCAUGAAGCACAGCUCCUCUGCCCCUCCUCCACCCCCCCCAGGGAGGCGUGCCAAUGCACCCCCUACACCUCUGCCUGUGCACAGCAGCAAAACCCCAGCCUACAAUAGAGAGAAACCUUUGCCGCCGACACCUGGACAAAGGCUUCACUCUGGUCGAGAGGGACCUCCUGCUCCUCCCCCAGUCAAACCACCUCCUUCCCCUGUGAAUAUCAGAACAGGACCAAGUGGCCAGUCUCUGGCUCCUCCUCCGCCGCCUUACCGCCAGCCUCCUGGGGUCCCCAAUGGACCUUCCAGUCCUACUAAUGAGUCAGCCCCUGAGCUGCCACAGAGACACAAUUCUUUGCAUAGGAAGACUCCAGGGCCUGUCAGAGGCCUAGCACCUCCUCCACCCACCUCAGCCUCUCCCUCUCUACAGAGUAAUAGGCCACCUCCCCCAGCCCGAGACCCUCCCAGUCGAGGAGCAGCUCCUCCACCCCCACCACCCAUGAUUCGAAAUGGUGCCAGGGAUGCUCCCCCUCCCCCUCCACCAUACCGAAUGCAUGGGUCAGAACCCCUGAGCCGAGGAAAGCCCCCACCUCCGCCCUCAAGGACGCCAGCUGGGCCACCUCCUCCUCCACCACCCCUGAGGAAUGGCCACAGAGAUUCUAUUACCACUGUCCGAUCUUUCUUGGAUGAUUUUGAGUCAAAGUAUUCCUUCCAUCCAGUAGAAGACUUUCCUGCUCCAGAAGAAUAUAAACACUUUCAGAGAAUAUACCCCAGCAAAACAAAUCGAGCUGUCCGUGGAGCACCACCUCUGCCACCCAUUCUCAGGUGAAGCCUGGCUUGAUCCUGUUCCUCAGGAAAAGGAUGGACCUUCUCCUCUUCUCAGAUGGUCCCUUCCAUUCCCCUAAAACCUGCAUGAGAGCUCCUGAUGUGUUUCUCCAGUGCAAAGAACCCCUAGACUCCAAGCGUCCUCCCAGCUCACCUCCAUCUAUGCAUCUCGUCUCUGGACUUGGUGAUUGGACUCUUUAUCUUGGCAGUAGGGUCUCAAACCCUGCAUUCAUCCCUCCUCUAGCAGCCCUGCUAGCCAAACGAGGAAGAAGCUUCCAUGUCUCCGGCUUUCCUCUUGGGGAAAGGUGCCUUGUGAUGAGUUAACUCAUUGUUGGGGCAGGGUAGAGAAUGGUACUCCUACCUCCUCCUACCCACUGUGGAGGAAACUUGGCAGAUAUAUUUCAUCAUUUAGGAGGCUGGCAUGGCCAGGACUUCUGGGGGGUGGGGUGGGCAUUUUCAGUGAAACAGGAAAGGAGUUUGUAGACAGGUGAUCUGUUUUAAAGGUCAGGUUUGGAGAAAAGGCAAGGAAAUUGUUCUGCUUUAUUUUUAGGGGUACUGUUUGUUUUGUUCUCUUCCCCCCUCCCAGGGAUAAGUUGGAUAUAAACACUAAUCAGUUGAACUAAACAUCUAAUAAAAAAAGAGGAGAGGGCGAAAUAAACUGGGGAUCCUUCUAGAACUAGUCACUUCCUCUGCAGCAAAGGGAUCAGGAGCCAUUUGAAUCCUCUCGGACUCCCUGCCCUAUUUCCUCAGGGUACUGAGCCUGAGGGAUGUUUUUCCUCUCUCUAACCCCCAACCCCUCAAAAGAAAAGUUGCUUUUUUUUGCAGGGCGGAGGGGACAUCAUUCAUUCCUGAUUCACAAACCCGAGAAACCUCUGGUGGAAGAUAGGGCCUAGGCCUUGACCUUUACCUUGACCCCACCUCAGCCUUUCUGACUGGUCCUGAAGGCCAGUAGCCCUUUCAGUCCUUUCCAGAAAACUUCAACUCCAGUGGGUGCUCCAGCAUGACAGAGAAGUACCUCAUGGAAGGGACUGGCUCUGCGGGGCCACAAAAGACUAACUUAGACCUGCUUGUUUGGAAGUUCACAGCCCAUCUGACUGAGCAGGCUCUUCCUGUUCUUCCUCCACCACCCUCACCCUCCCAAGACUGCAAGGGUCAAUACACAGCAGAGUAGACAAGGGUAAGGCAGUGAGUAGAAGCUUAAUGAGGGUAGUCAGGGAUCCCUCUAUGCCAAGAAGCACAAAGACGUUAGUGAGAUGUGCCUCAGUCUAAUAGAUCUUCCUUGGCAGCCAGCAGUACGGGUUUCUUCAUCUUCUAGGCCCUGGCUAAAGAGCUCAGAGAAAGCAGGUUUCCAAUCUAGGUAGGAACUUAGCUUGGGCGAUGAGACAGAGACUUUCCCUUCUCCAACAGCAAGAUGGGGGCUCCUGGGGUUCCCUGGGGCAGGGAGGCCAUGGCUGUACUUUGAAAUGGGUGGGGAAAGUUAGUUAAAAAUUUUCACUGGCCACAGCAUAGCUUUAGACUCCUUAGGGACCUUCCCAGUCUUUUGGAUCACAGGCUAAGGAUCUGUGCAUCUUGCCAGGUGAAAUCCAAGUCUUCCCAAUGCUAGGUGAGGGAGGGCUCAGGUUAGGUUAUCUGUAUGGCGUCUGCUCUCCUUUUCCAUCCCCUGGACCACAUUAACUUGGGACAGACUAUGAUUAGGUGAGUCACCAGACUUCUUCUAAUCACUCGUAUUUAUCAUUCUUAUUUUCAAAUCUGUUAGCAGUUGUCUCUCAGAAGUAUCCCCAGCAUCCUGAAGUGACUGGAGCUGAGAGAGACACUCAUAGAGGGAAAGGUAGAGGGGAAAAAGAGAGUACAAGAGCUAAUACUGCAGCUGGGUUCCAGGGUAGAUGCUGACAAGUUACUGAACUUUGACUGUGAAGUCUUCCCAUUUAUUUUUGAAAUGGGAAUUGAUGCCUUUUGUACGAUGUUAUCAAAGUAUAUCUUUUUUUUUUUUUCCUG